AUGAUACAUCAAGCGAUCGAUCUGAUCAAUCGAAGUGAAAGUAUGUUCAUUAAUGUAGCGGAGGAUUUAUUAGAACAAAAAAUGGUAUUUGUUGUUGGUAGCAUAGAUGGUGACCUAAUUAAUUUAGUCACAUUAUUAAAAAAUGAAAUGCCACCAACAGCUUAUUAUAUUUUUUUGGGCGAUUAUUUGGAUUGUUUUAAGCCGUCACGGAUCGAUGCAUUACUGUUAUUGCUAGGUCUAAAAUUACGACAUCCACGGUAUAUUUGCCUUUUUCGUGGUCAUCAUGAAACAUAUGAAAUGUGUAAAGCAAUCGGUUUUGAUAAAGCGAUUGCAGAUGAACGAUUACUUCAAAGUUUUUACGUACUUUUUGAAUAUUUACCUCUUCUCGGAGUGUUUGGUAAAUUUUUAUGUCUUCAUGCUGGCAUUUCACUAUUUAUGGCCGAAAAUUCGUUUCUCCAAGAAUUCGUAAAACCAAUUGAAGUUAAACGAAUGACUGUAAGAGAACGAUCCACUUUAACCGAUAUACUUUAUGGAAGACCGGAUAAAGAUUUACCGGCAUUGUUUGCUCCAUCAAAUAUCUAUCCAAUUGGAUAUCGUUUUAACUUAACAGGAUUACAUGAAACAAUUCAAAUGUUCGAUUGCAAACGAUUAAUUCGUGGUUGUGGCUGUCGCAAUUCAAAUGAUGUCAAUUUUGAUUUUGAUACAACAGAUUGCAUUAGUCUUGUUUCAGGUCGUAGUAUCAGGCAUGCAAAUUAUGAAAGAUUUACAAUUCGAAUUUAUGAAAAUGGUCAAUUUGAAUUGCAAUAUAUUGAUAAAGAUUCUAGUUGGGAUUUACAACGCAAAAAUUUUUUGGAGAAAUCAGUAAAUCAUUUCAUUAAUACGUAUGAUAAUUUAUUGCAAUCGAUACCGCACGAAUUUCAAUUUGAUUUGCCAAUGGGAUGUGCUGCAUGCGAAUGGAUUAAUCAAGGAAAGAAACAUGAAAAUGUUACAAUAUCGCAUGCAUUAUUGAAAAGUUUUGCUAAAG